AUGCUGAUGAAGAGCUUCCAGGUCUUGACCAUCAAAGGUUGUUCUGAUGCUGCAAGCGAAGCCGCCGUGGUGGCCUGCACCAAAGCCUAUGUAGAGAAGCACACGCACCACAACCUCCCUGAUGAGCAGCUACGGAUCUGCCAGGUUGUCAAAAUUGACGUUGGUGCCGCCUUGGAUAGCCGACAGGGUCAGAAGUAUGGCAAAACACCGGCACUCGGUGAGGAAGGAGAUGCCCACGAUGAUAGCUACUUGAGUCCUGUGGCGACAAGUGCUACAACUCAAGUCUCCCAGAACUGGAAGCCGAGUCGUGUUAGAGUCGAUUACCUCCGCAAGGACCCAUACAACAUGCUUGAACGAGUAGCUGCGGCUACGGGUACGAAUAUCAGUCUUCAGCACUCCUAUUAUAAGGAUAGCUCUAUUCGUGUGUCUGCAGAUGUCCUUGACAAGGUUGAGAAUGCACUGCAAAGGCUCAAGAAGCUAGACAGUCUUCUGGCUUUGAUCGAUGUCCCCUCUCAAGCCUAUGCAACCUUUGUUCCCGAUACAGCUGGUCUACGCUUCUGUCUCCUGGAAGUCGCUCAGCUCAACGACAUCGCGCCCCAACGCCUCCUCGUGGAUCCGAGCUCUGCCAUUACAAACAACAUCGCGGAUUUCAUAGUCCCAGUCUCUUGCCGCAUCGAUCCCUCGACCGAUUCCUUCCAGGUUUUUGAGCACCUUCACCAUCCCUGUGGAAUUGACUUGCCGUCGUUUCUUAGGUACCAGCAUAUUAGAUGUUGGUCUAGGUUUAAGUACCCGGAGGUUGGCAAGCCGGGCGAGAAUAAAGGCGCACAAUACUCCAAGCUCGUCGUUCUUUAUCAGCCAAGCCCGCCGGGUGCUGAACCUGCUGCUGUUGAGGAAUCUCAAGCUCAUACAUCCGCCGACACUAAAGUUCUCAACACCAGGCCUUCAAGACCUCCGCUGGAUAGCACAGCAAAUGAAAAGGCCGAGUCUGAAAGGGCGACGAGUGUCAGUCGUCCUGGCCUGGCACAUCGCUCUGAGUCUACUCCGUCAACUUCAAUCAAAUUGCCUGGACUAAAGACUCGCAGGCCUGUCUUGCUUGAUGGUAGCACGCCUUCGAUGAAGGGGAAGUCGCCUGUACUUUCUACGAAUCUUACAAACUUUGAGAGGUCUACACUGUCUGAGACGUCUAUAAAAUCCAUUUUACCUUUCAGCCCUCAAUCAGGCGUUGCCAAGUCUGAGCUUCAACCCUCUGAAUCCCAGAAAAUGCCCAAUUCUGAGCUUUCUGAGCCUGAAAAGCGCCAGUCUACCACGGAAGUCAAAAUUAACCCUUCGGAUGGGAUCCAGAUAUCAAUCAAAGUGUUUCCAAAGUCUCGACCCUCUCAAGAGAGACAUAUGAGCACUGAUCUUUUCUCUGCAUCAAGUUCCGAUCUUCCUUGCUCAUCACAGGUAGCCGCGACGUUUGCUCAGCCUGUCUCCCAGGCUAGUGCCCGAUCUGUCGCCAAUGAUGAGCAACGUGAACUCAUUGACUUGUUUGACAAGGAAGCUGCUACGUCCAAUGACGAAAAAGCCACAGGUGCAAACUCGAAUCUUGAGAAUGUAGACUCAUCAUCUGAACGUUUGUCGUCGUCAUCUUUGUUUCAAUCAGUAGCGUCGAUGAGGGCUGAUGCUCCAUCUGAGUCACCUUUGUUUCAAUCGGCGAGAUCAGAGAUCUCGGACACCCCCUCUGAGGAUGCACCCCCUUUGCAGCACUCCGAGCCUUCGUUGCGGCCACCUGAGAACAUCAAAUCACCUAUCAUGACGGGUGAAGAUGGUUGUGGUGACGAGCAAGAGACUCCUCGGCCGACCAAGAGACUCACUCUGGCUUCUAACGACUCAGUUGUCCCGCCAGACGACGAUCAAAAGACCCCUCAGUCGACAAGGAGCCACCCUUCUAUGGGAACCGAAAGGCCAGUCACCAUACCAGACGAUAAUCAAUGGUCUCCUAGGUCGACAGAGACACUUACGGCUACUGCCAACCCAAUCACACAGCAAGUUCGCCGUUGUGGAGUGCCGGUCAAUUACACCUAUUCUGAUUCACAUUCACUGCAUGCUGCACUUCCUUACCAGGCAAACCUGAGCCAACAAGAUAUUGGUAGUCAGGAAAGAAGCCUCGGCACAUCAAGCCAUGAUUUCUAUGCUCCGAGCCGGCAAACUUAUGGCCAGUCUUGGCCACAAUACCCAGGUUUUCCUGUUAUGAACACACAAGUAGAUUAUGAGACGCAUCUUCGUGGCUUCGAUGCAGCGCCAAUGUAUCCUGUCGGGACUGUCUUCUCUACCAACUUUGUCCACUGGCCUAUGUUCCUGGUCUCGCCUGUUUGGCAGCCGUAUCAGCCUCCCUAUCCAAAUGUCCAGCCGAUCCAACAUCCCAAUCAGCCCGGAGUGCCAAGCGAGGGCGUCGGAAGUCCAGAUACUAUUGUAUCCUCGGCUGCUGUUACUACCCCUAGUUAUGAUGAUUAUCUUCGGGCCCGAAGUCGGGCUUCUCGGGCCACUUUCCAGAGCCAGAGUGAUGCGACUGAUCGACCUAUCCGGGAAACCGUUGCCCACCCGAACGAUGAUGACAAGAUAGAGUUCCACUCACCGAUGAAUCAACGCACAACAAACCCCGGUGGCAAUGGAAGGAGAGACAACUCCAAGGCAAAUACAAAGGCUCCCAAGAUGACCUGGAACAUCUUCAAUGACCCUAGCACCGCGAAAAGAGUCAGCAUGCCCAUUUCAGCCAGAUCUCCACGCCUGCAAAAUAUUUCAGCACAUCCUGCAUUCGUCAAAGAUGUCUACAGGCUUCUUACUCCCCUGCUCACUACCGCCCAAGUCUUCCCCAGACCUCUAGAGCUAGAGGUCCAAAUCGGCAUUGUCAUUAUCAUGAACAAGUUGGGAGCCACGGAAAGCAACUUCAUGGCCUUUGAGGAAAUGAAUGAGGUUAUCCAUCCUCGUGGAGACCUCAAUGGGCCCAGCACAGUCUUCUUCGAUAGAAUCACAACCUUGCCUGCUGAUAUUGAUCAUAUUCUUCAUAUCCGCACCGAUGGAGGCCGUCUCUUCGAGAAUCGAAUGUCCACUUUCACUAUCAGUUAUGAGUUUCACUGCGUUUUGAAAACCGGUGUACCACUCGUGAUCUCUAUCGAUGAGAACGGUAAUGCCACUGUCAACAAAUCUAAGGUGACGCUGGGGUCCGUUCAUGUCAGCUACCCAGACCGCAUCUGGGAUGCUGCAGCAGUUCUUCAUGGUUAUCUCGGUCCCCAUGGAGAACCGAACCCAGAAGUUGAGCGUGCCGUGCAAUACCUUGCAGAGAACUUAUGGGUAGAGCCCAACCGAACUCACGUUCGCCUGUUGACUCGCUUCAACAAAGAUGUCCUGAGUGUGAAAAAGGUUCUGUUAAAACGCAUUAACUACCAUCGCUGCAAAAUGGAUCGGUAUGUGAAUGACAUAGAAAGUGAGACCUCGAUGCGCGGCCUUCACCUUCGAAUUACCGAGGUACAGGACCUGGUUCUCACAGCUCGUCAAUCAAAUUGCGACAUUUUGGAGGCUGCUUGCAAGUCUUUGGAUGACAUGGUCAAGGCUCAUCGGCAGUGGUGGGAAGUUGCUUUGAUAAGUCCGGCCAUUCAAACAGCUCUCAGUGAGGGUGUUCCUGCCACCAUUGGCGAUGGCCAUCGUAACUGGUGCCCUAUUGACAUUCUGGGCAGCGAGACUGGACUCAUCACUAACACACCUGCUUCACCGACUGCACAAUCAAUUGGUCACUAUGGUCUGGGUCAACUGUUGCGACUUGCUACAACUGUCAUUGAGAACAUCGAUCCAGUUGGAUAUUCCAAUGUUGGUCCAGUCGGGAUUAAAAACAAGCUGAGCUGGCGGACAAAAUUGUUGGAGUGGAGAUCAUCGUGA